AUGACGAAGCUAACGGAGAAAUCCGGAACCCGACCACCGUGGAUUGGAUUAGCAGCCGCCGCGUGGGUUCAGAUGUCGGCGGGAACCUCUUCGACGUUUCCGCUUUACUCCGCCGCUCUCAAAUUGGUAUUGGGGUUUAAGCAGCAACAGGUCACGAUCCUUGGAGUCGCUUGUGAUUUGGGAGAAAACAUGGGUCUGCUUUCAGGUUACGCAAGUAAUAAGCUUCCUCCAUGGACGAUGCUUCUCAUCGGAGCUUCUUCUUGUUUCCUCGGCUAUGGCGUUCUCUGGCUCUCCGUCAGCGAAAUCGUCCAUGGUUUACCCUUCUGGCUUCUUUUUAUAGCUCUAGUGAUCGCCACCAAUAGUAGCUCAUGGUUUGGCACAGCAGCUCUUGUUACCAAUAUGAGGAAUUUUCCUAUGAGCAGAGGCACUGUGAGUGGACUUCUUAAAGGCUAUAUUGGGAUAAGUGGUGCAGGAUACACUGUGUUGUUCAGUAUGUUGCUUCACCAUUCAGCUUCUAAUCUGCUUCUGUUUCUUACUGUUGGGGUUCCGGUGUUGUGUUUAGCUGUGAUGUAUUUUGUCCGCCCUUGUAUUCCGGCUACUGGUGAAGACACUUCUGAGCCCAUGUAUUUCGCUUUUCUGCUCGCUACAAGUAUACUCCUUGCUGCUUAUCUUGUUGUGACGACUGUACUUAGCGAGGUGUAUUCACUGCCGAGCAUACUUAGAUAUGUUUUUGUGGCUGUUAUGGUGUUAAUUUUGUUGGCGCCUCUUGCGAUUCCUGUGAAGAUGACACUUUUCCGUUCGAAUGGCAAGAGCUCUUUACCGGGUUCUUCAGACAAUCUAGUCAAAGAGGAAGGCGAGUCACCCCAGGAAGAACCGUUGCUGACACCUUCUACCUCAGCUUCAAACCUCGGGUCUCUCUUUGAAGGAGAUGAUGCGUCGGAUAUGGAAAUACUUCUUGCGGAAGGAGAAGGUGCGGUUAAGAAGAAGAGAAAACCAAGGAGAGGUGAGGAUUUCAAGCUUGGCCAAGUGUUUGUCAAGGCAGAUUUCUGGCUCCUUUGGUUUGCGUAUUUCCUAGGCAUGGGUUCAGGAGUUACGGUCUCAAACAACUUGGCACAGAUUGGAUUUGCUUUUGGGAUUAAGGACACAACGAUACUCCUUUGCAUCUUCAGCUUCUUCAACUUCAUAGGUCGUCUCACUUCAGGUGCUAUUUCUGAGCACUUUGUGAGGUCAAGAACGCUUCCAAGAACGAUAUGGAUGGGAGCUGCACAGCUACUCAUGGUGUUCACAUUCCUCCUCUUCGCCAUGGCUAUCGACCACACCAUUUACAUCGCGACUGCUCUGAUCGGGGUAGGCAUGGGGUUUCAGUUCUUGUCAAUCUCUACCAUCUCCGAGCUCUUUGGUCUCAGGCAUUUUGGGAUCAACUUCAACUUCAUACUCCUAGGAAACCCGAUCGGUGCCACCAUUUUCUCGGCCUUUCUCGCCGGAUACAUCUAUGACAAGGAGGCUGAGAAGCAAGGGAACCCGACCUGCGUUGGUCCUGAAUGCUUUCGGGUAACGUUCUUGGUUCUAGCCGGUAUUUGUGGCCUUGGAACUCUGCUGACUGUUAUUUUGACGAUGAGAAUUCGCCCGGUUUAUCAAGCGCUCUAUGCGUCUGGCUCUUUCCGGUUGCAGCCCCAAUCAACUGGUCAUUGA